AUGAUAUAUCCAGAAAAACUCCAACUAAUGGUGAAACGCUCUUUAAAGGUGUACCCGGAAAAGCCUUUAAAGUUUUCUGACGAAGAAGGAGCAAAGCUUGAAGCAGCAAUUUUUGGCUUAUUUUUAGUGGGAAUCAGUGAAAUGCAGAUGCGCUUUUUGAAUAACCCCGAAAAUUGAAAUUUAUCUCUCCUAUUAUUUAGAGACAUAUUGCAAAGGCGUUAUUCAGUACAUAAAAAAAAUUUCCAACUUGGAAGAUGCAAUAAUAAGCUAUAUUCAUUGAAGAGAAAACUUCAUCAUGGUUAA